AUGGGUAAUCGGAAAGUUGUCGGUGUUUUCUUCGUAUUCUUUUGCAUUGGGAUUUGUUCAGGCGCUAGAUCACUUUUUAAUUAUGAAAGUGGUGGUGGUGUUGGUGGGGGUGAACAUGUAGUGCCAGGGUAUGGUUCUUAUGGAGGUGGUGGGGGGAGUGGUGGUGGUAGUGGGUAUGGAGGUGGAGGAGGAGGGUAUGGUGGUGGUGGGGGACAUGGUGGUGGAGGUGGAUACGCUGGUGGAUAUGAACAUGUUCCUAGUUAUGGAGGAGGUGGUGGCGGUACAGGAGGUGGUGGUGGCUAUGGAGAACAUGGUGGUGGGUAUGGAGGUGGAGGUGGUGGAGGGAGUGGAGGUGGUAGUGGUGGAUACUAUGGCGGUGGUGGGGAGCAUGGGGGAGGUUAUGGUGGAGGUGCAGGAGGUGGUAGCGGUGGUGGUAGUGGUGGAUACAAUGGAGGUGGUGGGGAGCAUGUAGGAGGUUAUGGUGGAGGAGGUGGAGGUGGCAGCGGUGGUGGUAGUGGUGGAUACUAUGGCGGUGGUGGGGAGCAUGCAGGAGGUUACGGUGGAGGUGCAGGAGGUGGUAGCGGUGGUGGAUAUGGAGCAGGGGGUGAGAAUGGUGGUGGGUAUGGUGGCGGGAGUGGGGGUGGACACGGUGGUGGAGGCAGUGGAGGAGCUGGAGGAGAAGGUGGAUAUGGAAGUGGUGGUGGAGAAGGCGGUGGUGCAGGUGGGGCAUAUGGCGGUGGUGCUUAUGGUGGAGGAGGAGGUGUCUUGGUAGUUAUUGGUAUUUCAUAA